UUCUUUCCCAUCUCCCCCCUCCCCCCUCCGUCUCUCUUUCACCUCCCUCUCUAUAUAUAGCAUGAGCAUUAUGGCCUUCUGAGUCACAGCCUUUUUCAUUCUCUCUCUCUUUUUCAACAUAUCUCCUCUGCUUCCCGCUCUUACAUUAUCUUAUUUUCUAUUGCCAAGCUUCAAAAACCAAGUUUUUAAGCCUCACAGGUAAAGAUCUCGACUGGGUUUUUGCUCUUCUGUUCUCUCACUCAAUAUCGUCUCUUCCUGGGAUUUGUAUACCUUUUUUUUCUUUAUUGGUUUCUCGUUUCCUUUUGCUAUGUUUUAAGGUCAGAAGAGGAAAAUGGGCUUUGCUUUCACAUCUGCGGAUCCUCUGUUUUCAUGAUUUGUUAAUUCUUUUUUCCUUUUAUUUUUUGUUUCUCUGUACUUGUUUCUUCGUUUGGCAAAAUGUAUGUAAAGUCUAACCCUUUCUAUAUAUUUUUUCUCUUAAUUUAGUAUCUUAGCUAAAUUUCGUGUUCUUCAUGAAAUUAAUGUUUAAUGACAUUGGUAGUUUGAUUUUUGCCUUUUUAUUAGCGAAUAUGAAAUAUAAACAACUUUCAGCAGUAUUUUUCUUUUUUGUCAGUGAUACCUUGCUCACUCUUUUUCAAGGCUUUUUCCUUUUCACUUGGUUAAAAUGGUUUUUCUAAUUCUUCAUACCUGUUUGUGGAUUAGGAUUGUUUGGCUAGAAUUGCUUCCUUUUCUCUUGCCUCCAGUUCUCUGCAUUUUCUAUAAAAUUUUCUCCUAAGUAGAUUCCAUAAACUUUGACAGCGGUCUAUUGAUGGGUUGUGGGUUAGAAGCUCGAAUUAGAUUGUAAAUACUGCUAGUUCAUGAAAAAGAUUUUCAUAUUCCUUUGAGAUAGAUAAGAACUGAAGAGUAAUUAUCACAUCAGGAGUUGUGUCGGCUAUAUGGGAAGCACUGAGGGAACCAACUAUGGGGCUUUCACGUAUGAGAAUCUUGAGAGGGAACCCUACUGGCCAUCUGAGAAGCUCCGAAUUUCCAUCACUGGGGCUGGUGGUUUUAUUGCCUCCCAUAUUGCUCGCCGGUUGAAGAGUGAGGGCCAUUACAUUAUUGCUUCUGACUGGAAGAAGAAUGAGCACAUGACAGAAGAUAUGUUCUGUCACGAAUUCCAUCUUGUGGAUCUAAGGGUCAUGGAUAAUUGCCUGAAGGUUACAAAUGGUGUAGACCAUGUGUUUAACCUUGCUGCCGAUAUGGGCGGCAUGGGCUUCAUUCAGUCCAACCACUCUGUCAUCAUGUAUAACAAUACAAUGAUCAGCUUCAACAUGCUUGAGGCUGCUAGGAUUAAUGGAGUUAAGAGGUUUUUCUAUGCCUCUAGUGCUUGUAUUUACCCUGAAUUUAAGCAGCUGGACACUAAUGUGAGCUUGAAGGAAUCUGAUGCCUGGCCCGCGGAGCCUCAAGAUGCGUAUGGCUUGGAGAAACUUGCUACAGAGGAGUUGUGCAAGCACUACACAAAGGACUUUGGAAUUGAAUGCCGUAUUGGAAGGUUCCAUAACAUUUAUGGUCCUUUUGGAACUUGGAAAGGUGGUAGGGAGAAGGCACCUGCUGCUUUUUGCAGAAAAGUUAUCACUUCCACCGACAAGUUUGAGAUGUGGGGAGAUGGACUUCAAACCCGAUCCUUCACCUUUAUCGAUGAAUGCGUGGAAGGCGUGCUUAGAUUGACUAAGUCGGACUUCCGAGAGCCGGUGAAUAUUGGAAGUGAUGAAAUGGUUAGCAUGAAUGAGAUGGCUGAGAUUGUUCUUAGCUUUGAAAACAAGAAGCUUCCAAUCCAACACAUUCCUGGUCCAGAAGGUGUCCGAGGCCGUAACUCAGACAACACUCUGAUCAAAGAGAAGCUUGGUUGGGCACCAACAAUGAAGCUGAAGGAUGGGCUGAGAAUUACAUACUUCUGGAUCAAGGAACAGAUAGAGAAAGAGAAGGCUCAAGGCAUUGACUUGUCCAUUUACGGAUCAUCGAAAGUGGUGGGAACUCAAGCACCAGUUCAAUUGGGUUCACUUCGCGCCGCUGACGGCAAAGAAUGAAGUGGUUGAAGCUACAAAGCACAUUCGGUUGUGCUAAAGAAAGCCAAAAUUUUCUACUUAAUAUGGAUAAUGGAUUAUGUGAUAUCACACUCAAGUUAUCUAUGGUUGUGGAGUAGUAGGUAGGCAUUUGAGUAUGGACUUAAAACUAUUUGGUUUCUAGCAUGUACCAUGUUGCUACAUUUCAGGGAAGUUACCAUGCUCCCAUUUUAUCAGUUGUCUUGCAACCUGUUGCUUUGGUAUUGUACUGGUUGGCAAAAUUCUCUCAUCCAUGUUGAAUCUUGUGGAAUGGUUAUGGAAGAAGCUGCAAUUACGUGAAUAAAAUCCUUCAAUUUGAGAGUGCAAA